AUGGACACAGACACAGGCAUGCACCAAAACCAACACAACAACCAACAGUUCAAAAUCCAGCACAACAACCAACAGUUCAAAACACUGCACCACAACCAACAGUUCAAAACACUGCACCACAACCAACAGUUCAAAACACUGCACCACAACCAACAGUUCAAAACACUGCACAGCAACAACCACAAACAGAGCAAGGACAUAAAAGAAGUAGAGAACAAGGAAACCAAGAAUUCUUAA